UCUAAAAAUCACACAGAUUUCAUGAAAUUGGUUACGCAGCAGCAAGUCAAAUGGAACUGAAGGAUUGGAUAAAUACAACAAAUUGUGGUUAAACUUAACUCGCCCCAACUUAUUAUUAUUUUACUAUUAUUACCUAACUUACUACCUCUGGAUGACUGGCAUUCUGUAAUACUCCUCCUCGCCAACUGUUAAUGUUACACAAGUAAAUAAUAGUUCAGAAGGCCGGUCGAUUUGCACAUAUUACAUACACAUCAACAUCUCAAUAUUAACUAGAUUUACUGGAUUGUAAUUAUACAUUAUUCGUCAACCAUUAAAUUUAGUGCUCGUCGCAACAACAGCACCAUAUCUCAGAAAUAGCAAUAACAAAUAAGCGUGACUCAUCAAGCAGCAAAGUGGAAACUGCAUUGCAUUAAAGUCUAUUUAGUUUUGUUUGUAAUUAUUGUCAGCUAAAUAUUAUGUAACAUAUUGUACUGUUAGCAGUUUAAGGUUACUAAGUCUGACUUGUUGUACAAAAUCUCAGGCCAAUAUGGUGUUCGAAAGCAUUGUCGUUGAUAUUUUGAAUCGCCUUUUGGGCGACUAUUUUGAGAACUUGGAUACGUCACAAUUAAAGCUUGGAAUAUGGGGCGGGGACGUAGUACUGAGGGAGUUACUUCUGAAAGCCUCUGCCAUGGACGACCUUGGGCUCCCUUUCAAAGUAGUAGUUGGAAAAGUCGGAACACUUCGAAUGAAAAUUCCAUGGCAGAGUUUAUAUACUGCCCCUGUGGAACUGAACUUGCAGAACUUACUCCUUCUGGUCACGCCGUCUUAUUCUGUCAAAUAUAAUGAGGAGGCUGAAGAAAAGGCCUUACAAGCUGCCAAAGAAAAAGAGUUAACCAGGCUGGAUGAGAUACGAGCUCGUGAAAGGGAAAAACAGCAACAAGAAGGUCAAACCCCAGCCCAAGAAGACAGCUUUACAGAGAAGCUGAUAACACAGAUUAUUAAAAAUGUUCAAAUCCGAAUUGAUUGCAUCCAUAUUAGAUAUGAAGAUGACGUGACGAAACCUGCUAGCCCUUUUGGAUUUGGAAUCAUAUUAAAAAAUCUUCACAUUGAAACAACUGAUACGGAUUGGAGGCCUGUUGUAAUUACAGAGAUUGUGGAAACUGUUAACAAGAUGGCAACUUUAGAAGGUCUUGCUGUUUAUUGGAACUCACAAACUCAACUUCUCCAGCGAAUGGGUCAAAAAGUGCAGAUGAUGGAAGCCUUAAGAGACAUCGUACUCCAAGAUACUCCUGACCUCACAUAUAUUUUGGGACCAAUUUCUUCCACCGCUAAAGUAUUGCUUACGCCGAACCCAGAAAGAUGUGUGGAAAUAUUUUCGAAACCAAAAUUUUUUGUUGAUUUAAUUAUGGAGGAAUUGGGCUUAGGAAUGACUAAUUUACAGUUUCAAGAUAUCAUGGAGCUUAUCGAAUCCAUUGAUUUUAUGACUAGGGCACAGUACUACCGGAAAUACAGGCCUGCUGUUAACAUUCAUAGAGGACAUUUUAAAGAAUGGUGGAUGUUUGCCUACAAGUGUAUUGUUGAAGAAGAGGUCCGUCGAAAGCGACAGAAUUGGGAUUGGCUCCACAUAAAAAGACAUAGAAAUCUAUGUCGGAUUUAUGCAGAUGCAUAUUAUAAAAAAUUGACAAGUCGCAAGUUAAAGUCUGACACAACUCAAAGUUUGCAAGCUUGUGAAAAGGUCCUGGACGUGUUUAACAUUACGCUCGUGAGGAAGCAAGUCGAGGUCAAAGUUGAACGCGAAGGAAAGAAACGGGCUGAGGAAGAAAGCAAGAGGCAAAGCACCGGGUGGUUUGGAGGUUGGACGACGUGGUUGGGGGGAGACUCUGCUCCGAAGGCAAAUGAAAAUACAAUGGGUGACAUUGUCCAAAAAUUUGAAGAAGCCCUCACUCCAGAAGAAAAAUCCAAACUUUAUGCAGCUAUUGAUUAUUCUGAAAAUGCGUUACCUUUGGACUAUCCUGAUACAUAUCUUGAAUAUCAGCUCAAAUUUCUUCUCAGCAAACUGACAUUGACUGUGCGAGAUGUUUUGGGUCGGGAAACACGAGGCCAUAAAAUUUUAAAGCUAACUGUGGACAGCGUUGCAACAAAGAUAGCCACUCGUCCAGUCAAAAAUGGAAUGCAAGUUGAAGUUCUUAUGGCGAGUUUUGAAGCGGAAGGCCUGAAGGGAAAACAUGACACUGUGCCUGUUAAGAUGAUUACUUCCAAAACCAAGUCUACUACGAACCUUGUUGAAGUUUACUUUGAAAAUAAUCCAUUAAAUUCUCAAGCAAAUCAAAAGAUUCGAAUUCAAGCACAACCUAUAGAGAUUCUCUAUCAUGGGAAGACGAUAGUUCAUCUUGUACGGUGCUUUGCUCUACCACCGGAAAUGCAGCUUAGCAAACUACAAGCCGCAGCAGUAUCAACUUUAAACGAAUGGAAGGAACAAUCUGCCGCUGGGCUGCAGCAUUUAGCAGAAACACGUGGUGAAAUUGAUUUGCAACUGGAUCUCAUUGCACCAUAUAUUUUAAUUCCACGCGGUGGAGUUCUCAAUCCGAAUUCAAGUUGCCUCUUGAUAGAUUUGGGAGAAUUAAAAAUACAAAGCAAACCUAGAAUUAAAAAAUCAGUCUCUGCGGACAAGGUGAUGUCCAAAUCACAUCAACACGAUGCGGAUUAUAUGGAGGCCAUGAAAAAGGUGGCGUAUGACACGCUACUAAUUGAGCUUCGUGACUUUCAAGUGGUACUAGCACUACCAGGUGAAAAUAUAGACGUAUCGAAAGGCAAACUUGGUGUUGGGCCAGCAGUGGCAAUGCCACAAACCCUAAUAAAAUCUAGUCAACUGAUUCUACAACUAGACCAAUCGCUAGUACCUGACGAUCCGCGAUUCGCUAAACUUCAACUUGAAGGGAGUUUACCCAUGUUGAAUCUGAAUUUGUCUGAUCGUCGCUUAACAGAACUUGUGAAACUCCUAGUCACUCUUCCAUUUCCUAAAGCUGAUGUACCUGAUUCAACUACAUCCCCACCAGUCCUCAGCACGAUUUCUGAAGACCCAACUGUGUCACAGUCAUAUGCAAUUUCUAAAAUAACAUACGACACGACAAAGCGCAAAGAUGCAGACCAUCCACAACUGGUGGAAUUUAUUGAACUGCUAUUGAAAUUCACCCUAGAUUCAAUCAGAAUUCAAAUAUCGAGGACAAACAACAGUAGCCAAAAUGUGCCUUUUGUUGAUUUCGAAUUAAAACAAAUUCAAGCCAAGCUCACAAAUAAAACAUUCAGCAGUGCUGUGGACGUGGCUGUUGGAGGAUUGACAUUAUGUGCCUUGCAGAAUAAGACUAUUGAUAUUGACGGACUACUGUACCUUCUUAAAACUCCGAUGAGUGAAGGAAUAGAAAAACAUUUGUUCAAAAUGCACAUGUUUUCCAUCAUGCCUGACUGUCCGAUUGCCUUUGUGGGGAAAGUGAAGCAACUAAUAAAAGUAGAAGUUUCUUCGCUGGACGUAAUUUUGCAUAGUGAAGCGUUGCAAGCUUUAAUAUCAUUUGGUGCAGAAAUUCAGAAAGCCGUAGAGGAAGCAGCAGCAGAAUCAAAAGGAGGAAGUGGACAAAACAAUUUGGAUAAUUUAUCAGUGUCCUCAGUUUCUUCAGUUGAUUCUGGGAUGAUUACAAAGAUCAGAAGUCGCAGAGUUAGCAAACAAUUUCAAAAACUGGAAAACACUAGAAAAGCAGUUGCCAAAAAACAUAUAAAUUCCGGUGAUGUGCUUCUUCAAAUUGAUGCCAAAAUGGAAUCACUAACUGUUCAGAUAUCGACAGAAAAGAAGAAUUUAAUUAAAGCUAUCUUGAGUGAACUUGACUUGUCAAUGGUUCAAAAAUCUGAGCACACAAUUAUGCUAAUGGAACUUAAGGAUCUCAGAGUCAGAAACCUAGAUCGUACAUCGAUUUAUCGUGACAUGAUGCGAGUAGAUUCUGAUAAAGUUGUAGCAAUCAAAGUCGUUAUGCAUGAAGAUGCAACAAAAGGCAAGCAGUUUUAUAACAUGGACAAACAUGACAUGUCUGUCAAAGUGGAAACUGGAAGUCCAAAAAUAUUCUACGUUAGUCAUCAACUGGAUGAACUUUUGGCAUUUAUUGACAAUUUCUCGGCAGCUAAGGAUGCUGUGAUUGAUGCUUCCUCUGCAGCAGCGUCAGCAGCUAAAGAAAAUGUGGAACAGGCAUAUUCUGCCGCCACACGAAUUUUAUUGGAUAUUGAAUUAAAUGCUCCAAUCGUAUUUAUCCCUCGGAAUGAGCGCAGUGAUCAUGCUAUUCUUGCUAAUUUGGGACGACUAUCCAUUAAAAACAAGUUUGUUAAGCAAGAAGUGAAACAUUUGUCCGCUACAGCAAUAUUGGACAAAAUGGAUAUAACCCUGACAAACAUGAAAUUAUCACGGAUAUUUUUCAACAAGGGAACCCAAGACGCACAAUCAGAAGUUUCAAUGUUAGAUCCAGUGACUCUUGUUUUAUCAAUCAAUCGAAAUCUGAGUACAGAUUGGUACCAUGGGUGCGCUGACAUUAGUCUUAAAGGAACUUUGCAAAAUGCGUUUCUGAGGGCAAGCAAUGAAGACUAUGAUCUAAUUAUGAGCAUCCUCUUUGAAAACAUACUCUAUGUACAAGAACCAUCUCCAGCAACAGGGAGCAGAGCUCCUGUCGCUGCUGCUGGUUCAAAAUCUCCAGGGACGCCAAAGCCAACCGGCGGAAGUACACGAAGAAGAAAGACAUCCGUCACUGUAUCAAAAGAACAUAUUAGCGAAACGAGUGUUCAAACCGUUCUGUCCGCAAGGACAAUUGAUAACGCUGUCUACACUAAACUAGAAGUUAGUAUAGAUAUUCCUCAAAUGCGUGUCAUCAUGUAUCAGAAAGGUGCCAUUCAACUGGAGACAUCACAAGGUGUAGUUGGUCGUGACGACGCUACUGCAUUUGCUGAUUUUGCAAUCAGGAGUAUCAAGAUGGAUAUGAAAUCAUUCAAUAACGAAAACAUUUCAUGUCCAAUUACCGUUGGAGAAAUUUCUUUGAAGGACGUCCGUCCUGGAGAUAGGGCAGUUACAAACUUGAUUAAGAAGAAAGCUGACCCUGACGAUACAGACGCAUCCGAUUCAUGUGUUGCUAAAUUCUGUUUCAAAACCGAUAAAGCCAAUAAAAAAGGAUCAACAAUGACUUUGGAAACUACGAGUUUAACCAUAAUUUUGUGCUUGGACUAUUUAUUGCAAAUUGUGGAUUUCUUUUCAAGAUCUGAUACUGCCAUGGAGUAUCCAAAACCUGACCUUACUACCAAAGUAGAAAAGUUUGGAACAACGAGUGAUCCAGUUCCAGUGCGAGAAGUUACUCCAGAUCUUCCAAAAGUAACUAUAGGAGUUGACGAAGAACUUGAAGCGGAACCGUUUUGUGCUUUCUAUAAUUUUUCAGAAACCGAGAUUAUUUUGGUGGAAUCAAUGGAAUCAGUGCAAAGCAACGCCUUGCUCUUACAUUGCGAAGUAGCUUUGAAGCAACAGGAACUCAAUGGUCGCUCGAACAUGAUGGGUACAAUUGGAAAUUUGAAUUUGAGUACUUGCAAUUACGAUGUAGACGACAAUCACCAAGCAAUUGCUGAAGUUAUUAGUCCCAUGUCUAUAACAGUAGUUAUGAACAACUCUGAAGCUGUUGGGACGCUGAUAGAUGUCAAUAUUUCUGACAUUUUUAUCCGCAUGACUGCUGGGACUUUGGAGCUCCUCUUGAAAAUUGUUUCCACAAUUGGCAGUUCCGCAGAUGCUGCAUCUGCUAAAACUGACGGAAAAGAUUACUCUGAUUUGUGGGAUAUAAAAAGGAAUGACGAAAUGAACUUUUGGUUUUUAAACUCUGACGCUUCCGUAGAAGUUGGAUUAGAAGCCCUGCAAGUACAAGAAGAUAAAGUUCGACUGUUCAACGUUGCCGAAGAACUGAAAGUUAGUGAAAGAUUAGUAAUGGAAUCUGGGUGUAUUGUAUUUACUUUUGAAACUGGUGUGGGAAACAAUACAAUGCCAAUGUUACUAAUUGAAACAGACAUAGAUCUUCAAAUGUUCGACUGGUCAACUAACAUGACUGUUGCUGGACGUUGCAAAUUGGAAGCAGCUUAUUACAAUGCGACAUUUGGGCUCUGGGAAUACUUGGUGGAACCUGUUGAAUCAAGACAUCAUGGACGAAUUGCUCACCAGCCAUGGGAAUUACUAUUUGAAUACUCUUCACGAAUAAAUCCUAACGCUAUUACAACAGAUGAAGAGUCAGCCACCAAUUCGUACGUGUCUAUCGCCUUGGAAUCCAGCAGUAUAUUAGAGUUGACUGUAACUAAAACAGCUCUAGAAGUUGUGGAUAUUUUAAAGGACGAUUUUCAAGCAGCUACUAAAAAACUAGUGUCCGAAAAAGCAAUAUCUACAGCUGCUUACUCAAUUGUAAACGACACGGGAUCUGAUCUGAAAAUCUUUAUCAAAGAAAAAACUCGUUCCCCAUGUUUCGUCUUGGUUCGAGGGGGAGUAGAUUACGAAGAAGUAUUACUGAAACAUGGAACAUCAGUGAAUUUGGGUUUGAUUGAGUCAUCUGAUAUGACCAAACAUCAUUCAUCCGUUCUUCGGGAGCAAGAGGGGAAAGAAGAAAGAUUAUUAUCAAUUGAAAUUGAGGAGUAUGAUUUUAAACGAGAAAUCCCCGUAAAUCGAGCCACAAAGCGGUAUUACUCAUUGAAGCACAAGGACAGACAUGGGUAUUUUGGACUCAUUUGCGAUAUUUGGGUGAAAGAUUGUUCCAAGAUUGUAACUCUAAGAGGUGUUGUCCAAAUAAUGAACGAUCUCCAAGUUGAUGUUGACGUGUAUUACAAAGAGGAUAAUGGACGGGUAGCGAAAUUUGCCGGCACAGCCACUGCAGGACAAAAAUGCAACCUCUCAAUUCCAUGCACUUUCACUAAAACUGGGGAUUUAUUUUUUGCACCGAAAGGAUUCAAUAUUUCAAAUGAACCUUUUAGCUGGCUUCAAGCACUCCAAGAGUUGCACAAAGUUUCCCAAGUUGUAUGCAAGUCAAAGAGUCAAGACACGUCCCAUUUCUUCAUCAAAGUUAUCGGUGAAGCAAAACAAGCCCUGCACGAGUCAACCAACCGCAAAAACCUAGCAAGUCAAUGCUGUUAUAUUUACUUGGAACCUCCUCUAUUGUUAAACAACUUGCUGCCUAUUCCCAUUGGAUACUAUAGCUCAAAUGAUUUAAUUAUGGCUGACCGUGGUAGUUCAAUAUGUGUAACAAAUCUAAAUGUGGACUUGGAAGGCAGUUGCAGUCUUAAAUUAAAGAUUCCAGAGUAUAACAAAAUGUCAUGGAUCUGCAAUGUUGUUUUGGACGUUACAACACCUGAAAUCUCACAGUGGACAUUUAUAUCUGAAUCUGACAACAAAAUCACAAUUGGGAUUCAUAGAGAGACGGAUGAUAACGAAGUCACUUUGCACAUUUACACUCCUUACUGGAUGAUAAAUAGGACUGGUUUAGACUUGGUGUAUAAAGGGGACGACAAGCAAUCUCAUCAAACUCUUCACUCAAAAGUGCAAGAAGAGCCCGUAAUUUUUUCCUUCCCAGGAAAGGCCUUCUUCUCCAAAAAGGCUGCGUUUGUCAAAGUAACUCAUCCAAAACUGCCGGGACCUGGGUCAGAUUGGUCGGAAAAGUUCUCAAUCGACGUUGCAGGAAGUGGUGGCUCAGUGACUUGUAAAUCGCCAGUACAUCAAUUCCAACUUGGUAUUGAAAUUCAGUUGAGCUCCUGGGGCUUGACCAAGUACGUCAUCUUUACUCCAAGAUUUUACUUGGUGAACCAAUGCUCCUUCCAAGUUUCUGUGAAAGAAGAAGACAAGCCAGAUCAUAUCGUGGACGUUUCACCAAAUGCAUGCGUACCGUACUGGCCGGAAAGCACUCUUCCUCAUCUAAUUGCUGUAAUAGAAGCAGACGGUUCCAAGAAUGAAACAAAACCUUUCAAAUAUGAUAUUGUUCGUCACACACUAUUGCAAUUGAGAGGAAAAUAUGGCGGUAUUCAUGUUGACAUCCAUUACUCUGAAGCAAAGACCGUCAUCACCUUUACAGAAUUUAUUCCAGGACAAGCACCAGUAUUGUUGGUAAAUGGAACAACCGAGUGUCCACUGGAAAUUACCGAGGAGGGCUUAGAAGACGUAUUCAUACUCUUGCCUCGCAUGUGCCAAAUGUUUACGUGGAAAGAUCCCAUCGGCCCAAGAGUUCUUCGUUGGUCAGCCGUUGCUGCAGAAAAGAAGCCUCAAGGAACUGAUAAGUUAUUUGGCGACGGUUGCGGAACGUUUUUCGUAGAGGGGAGGACGUACUAUUGGAUUUCUUUCCUGGAUGGGCUUCAGAGGGUGCUAUUAUUUACUGCAGAUAUGGAAUUAACUACUUACUUGCAAGCUGCCCGUGAAAAUGAAGUAGCAACUGCAGAAUAUAUAAUCAUGUUGCACGGUAUAGGAAUCUCCUUGGUCUCCUUAAAGGAACUACUGUACAUGAGAAUUGCAAGCUCGGAAAUAUCUUGGGAAGCAAGCAAACCUGCAAAAAAGAAGCGUUUCAAGCCACUAGCUUACGAUGUCAGUAAAUCUAUUGAGAUGGCGUAUCAAAAUUAUCUGAACCAAAAAGCCAUACAAGCCAGUGUGAAAACAAACAUUUGCCUAGAUUCCGGUUUCGAGGUCGACUUUUCAACAAUGAUGAUUAGCAAGCCACACCAUAAAAAUAUUCGCCGUGUUUUCCAAACUGGUAUUUGGCUGCAUUAUAAAACACUUCCAAAUUCUAGUCAAUUCCACGCCAAAAUCAACCGACUUCAAAUCGACAAUCAACUACCAGAUACAAUUUUCAGAGUUGUCUUUGCUCCUGUGCCACCACCAAAAAGUGUUUCCACUACUGAUGUACCCAAACCAUUCGCAGAAGUUAGCAUCAUGCAACGAAUUAACGCACACAGCUAUGUUCAGCAAUUCAAAUAUUUCAAAAUUUUAGUCCAAGAAUUCCAUAUCAAAUUAGAUAUAUCAUUCGUGAAUGCACUUGUGGAUAUGUUUAGUGGAACAUCUGCAUCCAGACAAGAGAGCAUGUUGAUGAAAUUCAAUGCUGAGUACAGCGAAGCUUGUCUAAACAUGAAAGAUGUACUUGCUCGCCAAAUUGUUUCACAAGGUCAGAAACAUUUUUAUGACUUCUUGCAUUUUUCUCCACUAAAGAUGCACAUCAGUUUCUCCAUGGGUGGAUCAGCUCAAUUGUCGAAUCACUUUCUCAAUUUGGUGCUUGCGAGUGUUGGUGUAACUCUGACAGAAAUACAGGAUGUCGUGUUUAAACUAUCGUGCAUGGAACUGCAACAUUCAUUCCUGUCUGGAGACCAGUUAUACAAUGAAGUCUACUCCCACUACACGUCUCAAGCUAUCAAACAGUUGUACGUCCUUGUAUUGGGAUUAGAUGUACUGGGCAAUCCAUACGGACUAGCAAUGGGGGUGGCCAGCGGUGUAGAGGCCUUCUUCUACGAACCUCUUCAGGGAGCAAUCCAGGGACCUGGAGAAUUCGCUGAAGGCUUGGCAUUGGGAGUCAAAAAACUACUUGGGAGCACUGUGGGAGGAGCAGCAGGUGCAUUUUCCAAAAUCACCGGAACACUCGGCAAAGGUAUUGCUGCUUUAACUAUGGACGAUGAGUACCAAAAAAAGCGCAGAGAAAACAUGCAUCACAGGGGAGAUGCGGCGGAAGGUCUGGCUAGAUCUGGUAAAGGGCUUGUUAUGGGCUUUGUGGAAGGCUUGACUGGAUUUGUCAGUAAACCAAUACGUGGAGCGAAGGAAGAUGGUGUAGGAGGAUUCUUUAAAGGAGUAGGAAAAGGAACUAUUGGAUUAGUAGCGCGACCUGCUGCAGGUGUUGUCGAUUUUGCGAGUGGUUCAUUCGAUGCUGUUAAAAAAUGUGCCUCUACAAAUGUCGAAGUUCACAGAAUGCGACCCCCUCGAUGCAUCCCUCCAGACUCUGUUCUACAGCCAUAUGUUAAACAUGAAGCUGAGGGAGUUCAACUAUUGGUGGAUAUUGAGAAAGGACGCUAUUCCCGAACGGACUCAUAUAUUGCUCAUGCUCUGAUAAAUCCUCACGGAAUAUACGUGGUGCUUCUUACCAAUAAAAGAUUGAUGUACUUGAAACGAGAUGAGAUGUUUGGUGGAUGGGGGGUGGAAUGGACUUACAUUUGGGAAGAUUUUUCCCAUCCCCCAGAUCUAGUUGAAAGAGGACUACUUUUUACACUUAAAACUGCUCCUCGGAAGAAAUUGAAAGUUUUUGGAUCUGCUGGCUCAAGAGAAAUUAUUAUUCCUAUCUAUAGUGCUGAAGUCUGCACGUGGCUACUCAGUAAAAUCGAAGAAGCUAUGAAAACAGAAACUGGAAUGGUGUUUACGGAUGGGAUUGAAGCCACAGAGCUAAGCUUUGCGUGAUUAUUAUUAUGUCAAGAUUAUGAACGUUCUUGGGUGCAUCUACCUUGCCUUAUUCACGACGACGACCAUAAUAUUAAUUCUUCUUCACGUUACCGGUUAUACAUUACCUACAUAUAUUUGUUAUUUGUCUUCACUAAUCACUGACUCACUUUUCAUUACACGUUAGAAAGUUGUAAAUUCAUGUUCUACAGUUUAUCCCUAAAGUCACUAUGAUAAUCAUUAUUUUCGCAUUACACAAAACUGAAACAUAUUAUAUCAUGAAUGUCUAUGCACUAAAAUAAACCAAAGAUUUAUGUAACGCUUAGAAAAUGGA